UCUGGCAACCCUGAACUGAGGUUUCAGUAUGGUGUCUCACUCGCUUCUAGCAUAGCAUAAUUACUGACGCUCCUGUAACAACCCUCUGACGUGCCAAGAUCUGAUUCAACCUUAAUCAAACCGUAUUUGGUCUGGAAGAUGAAGGACAAAGUACAGACAGUCUGUGGUCUGGUAGAGCCCAGCUCUCUGGGCAAAACUCUAACCCAUGAGCAUCUCUUUAUGGAGUUUGAUGUGGCAUUUACUCCAGCCAAACCAGAGGAGAAGUACAUGGAAGAUUGCAAGUUUACUAUGGAAAAUUUGGGAUGGAUCAGACAAAAUCCGUACAGUCACAAAUUCAACAUAAAUCUUACUCAACCUGAAGUACAGAUGGCAGUAAUGAAGGAAGUUAGCGAGUUCAAGAAACAUGGUGGUAGUACCAUUGUUGAAAACAGCACAUUUGGAUUAAAUAGAAACGUUUCCUUUAUGCGGAAACUUAGUCAACAGCAUGAAGUUAACAUAAUAGCAGGAGCAGGUUACUAUGUGAUGGCAGCACAAAACAAAGAAACCUUGGGUAUAUCUGUGGAAGAUAUGGUGAAUUCUAUGACAAUGGAAUUAACAUUUGGAUGUGGGGACACUCCUGAUAUAAAAUGUGGCAUCAUUGGUGAAAUUGGUUGUUCAUGGCCAUUGUAUGACUUUGAACGUCGCACUAUCCAAGCAGCAGGAGAGACACAGGCAUUUUUGGGAUGUCCAGUGAUGUUUCAUCCUGGGCGUUACCAUGGUGCUCCUGAAGAAAUUUUCCGUAUCUACACAGAAGCAGGCGGAGACCCCCAGAAAAUGGUGAUGGGUCACCUUGAUAGAACCAUCCACACAUUAGAUCUAUUAGUGGAGUAUGCAUCACUUGGCACCUAUUGUGAGUAUGACUUGUUUGGGAUAGAAACUUCUCAUUACCAGCUUAACACAAGUGUUGACAUGCCUUCUGAUGCACAAAGGAUUUCACGGAUCAAGCACUUGGUUGACAAUGGCUUUGAAGACAAAAUUCUUAUAUCUCAUGACAUUCACACCAUGCACCGUUUGGAAGCUUAUGGUGGACAUGGUUACACUCACAUUCUGAAAAACAUUGUUCCAAAAAUGCUGGACCGUGGACUAAGCCAGGAUAUUGUUAACAAGAUCCUUAUCGCCAACCCUAGUACCUGGUUGACUUUCUCGAAGUGAACCUUAUGUGAAAUUGCAAACUGUUAAAAAUUGGGAAUGAAAUAAGAAUUUUUUAUACAGUAUAGAUUUAAAAUGCAGUUUCAGAAUUUUUUGUUUAGCUGCAUCGCCACUUGUUAUAUGCCUAAAUGUUGGGUGUAAGUGGUACACAGUCAUAGGGUCUUGUUUUCUUUUAGGUAAGCUUUAUUUUUUGUUUACAUUCCUUCUGCAGCAUCAAUAAUUUCUUACCAGCUGGCCUCCUUAUCACUUUCCGACUAUUGAAAUUAAGUUAUUGUAUCUGGAUGGAUGGGUGCGUCUGUCAAAUUCCUAGGACCACAAUUUGAGAUUAGUAUAGUAUUUGCCAAAGGCCUUAUGUGAUUGCUUGUAGCAGCUGUCAUAGAAAUCUCAAUAAGCAGAUACCAUGGCUUGCUUCUAGUGGCACAUGAUUCAAUCUAAUAAAUGUUUGCAUUAAUGUGGACAGGUUGUGCCAUUGUCUUGGUCAAUUAAUUAUUAAAAGAACUUUGCUUCAAAAUCACAUUUGUUCACAUGGUGUGGCAUCCUGUGCUAUAGAAAAAAUACAAAUAUAAAAACAGAAACCACAUAAAAUUCAGUCAAAUCACACCAUUAAAAGAAAUAACAAUAUAAAAAAUUUGGGAAUAAUGAUGUCGGAAGACCUAAAAGACACUAGUUCUCUCUAGUAUGGAAUAUUAGUACACACUAACAGCCCUUUCAAAGUUAAGGAAAUUGCUAAUCUGGAGAAUGUGCAAAAGUCUUAAUACCUGAAUCCACUCAAUAAAACUUAAAAAUUAUUGGGACUGCUUAAAAUGUUUAAAUCUUGAUUCUCUAGAGUACAGGCAAGGGUGUGUUACAUAAUAAUUUACUUUGAAAAUAUAGAGGGACUGGUUCCAACUACAUAUGGAAAUAACUUCACAUGAGACCAGGAAGCAUGGUAGGCAGUGCAAAAUAGCACCAUUGAAAAGUAAAGGUGAAACAGGUACACUGAGAGACAUUUCUGUCAACAUUAAGGGCCCAAAACUUUUUCAACUCUCCCUCUAAAUAUAACUUGCAUAUUAUCAAGUCGAUUGUUAUGGGAGCCAUUGUAAUGAUUUGUAUAAAAUGUUACCAACAUAGUUUCUGAAUCUGGCAACUGUAAUGAUUUUUUUAAAGUCCUGAUAUAUAGCUUCUAAAUCUAAAUACAGUAUUGAGUAUACAGUAUAUAAUUACAGUUAUUACAUAUUGUCUUUCUCUUAAAUAAAUAAUUUACUAUAAAUGUCUAAACUAACCCAACUUUAAAUGUACACACAUUUAUGAAUAAAGUAUUUGAAUUGAAUUUUAUCCAUUUAUAUACAUCAAUCAUGUCACUCUUUAUCAUCUUUCUAUAAAAUAUAAAUUUAGAUUUUCUAAUUUCUUUCAUAAGGAAGAGUUCUAAUUCCUGGGAUUAACUUGUCAUCCUUCUCUUUCCGUAUGUAUUCAAGUAAAUUUAUAUUAAUUUUAUAGUAGGUAAAGUCCAAAAGUGAAUUGCAUAAUAUGAACGGGGCUAACAAGGGCAAGAUAAAGCAGAACAAUGUUGAUGGCUUGUAAUUAAAACUAAUAGAAAUAAAUAUUAGUAUCCUAUUAGCUUUAUUCUAAACAUUUAUGAAGUGAUUUUUUGGGGGGGAGGGUGGGCUUAUGAUCCUUGCUAAUCAUUACUACUAGACCUUUCUUGCAUCAGGAAUUCAUAAUUUCAGCAUUGUCCAGCUAAUAUUUAGUAAAUCUUUUAUUAUUUUAUCCAGGCUUAGAACGUGAAUUUUUUUCAGCAUUAAACUGCUUUUGCCAAUCUUUUAUUGGCAUUUUGAAAGUGUAAACUAUUUUACAGCAAUUGUCUUCUUUUGAAUUGAUUUCCCACUUAUUUUUGUAUCUGCACCUUUGCAAAUGUUGUUUAAUCCUCUGUCUAAAUCAUUAAUAUAUAUGGUGAACAAUAGAGGUACCAUGAUAGAG